AUGCUGCCGCCUCCCCCUCCGCGGUUGUCUUUCCGUGCCCCGGCGACUGGCGACCGCUCAACUCCACAAGCGCCAGUUGUUUCUGAGAGCGGUCCCGCUGGAGGCCUGUUGCUGGAGCUGAUCAAGCAUAAUGGCGCACCAUUCAACGAUCACUGGGCAUAUUUUGUCCGAUCUAGCUCGAGUGCGUCAGUUGGUAUCGUGUAUGAAGCUAUUGGCGAUGUCCGCAGCGGAUUCCAACGCCAGACCCGUAGGAAUCAUGACCUGACUCACGAUCCACCUUCAUCUCGUAUUCCACUCCAGUGGCUUGAAGGCAAGUUUGUUAACGAAGAGAUGAUGCUUCAUGGCCAAGAGUCAAUGCCCAUGUGCAUCCUUGAGGAAAGCCUACAUAAGGUCAAGGUGCCCGAAAAGACAUUAAAUGACACGACUAAGAGAGAAGUCCCCAAAAAGAGAAUCGUACAAAGGAAUUGCCAGACAUGGAUAGUCGAGUCAGCGGAUCAAUUGGCUGCGGAUAGUAUUCUCUCUUCAGAUGUCGCUGCCUAUCUUCAUGCCACGAAGCAAGUCUAA